AUGGCGCGUCUCCUCAAAGCCGUCGCGGCCGCCGCCCUUUUCCUGGGCACCACCUCGGCCAUUGAACGCGAGCCUCACCAGCCCUCCGGAGGCGGCGAAAAGAUUGUUACCUGGAACGAGACCGUCGUCUCGCCACGCUUCGGCGCCAGCUCCCGCUCCGUCGAAUGGCUUUCCGGAACCGACGACGGUCGCUUCAUCUACCUCUCCAACAACGCGCUCGUCAUCGAGGAUAUCGUCUCCGGCGCGAAUGAGACUUUUGUCGCGGCCGAUAAGAUCCCUGCCGAUUACGCCGAGUACUGGAUCCGCCCGGACUUGAAGAAGGUUCUCUUCGCGACCAACUACACCAAGCAGUACCGCUACUCGUACUUCGCCGAUUACUCCGUGCUGGACGUCGAGUCGGGCGUUCUCGAGCCUCUCGUCGGUGACCAGGCUGGCGACAUCCAAUACGCUGAGUUUGCGCCCGUUGGAGAUGCCAUUGCCUUCGUCCGAGGCAACAACCUCUACCUGAGCAAAAACGGCACAAUCUCCCAAAUUACCAACGAUGGCGGUCCCGACCUGUUCCAUGGCGUUCCCGAUUGGGUUUACGAGGAGGAGAUCUUCGGCAGCCGCAGCACUUUCUGGUUCUCCCCCGACGGAGAGUACAUUGCCUACCUCAGCUUCAACGAGACGGGCGUCGAGACCUUCACCAUUCCCUACUACAUGGGCGGUGAGGAGAUCGCGCCCCCGUACCCUGUCGAACUUGACCUUCGCUACCCCAAGGUUGGCAGCAAGAACCCGACCGUUGAGCUGACUGUGCUCGAAAUCGAGUCUGAGGACCAGACCCCGGUCGCCGUUGACGCCUUCCCUGCCGAUGAUCUCGUCAUCGGCGAGCUGAAGUGGGUUACCACCGACCACACCAGCUUCGUCUACCGCGCCUUCAACCGAGUUCAGGAUCAGGAGAAGAUUGUGCGCGUUGAUAUCGAGGGUUACGCGUCCGAGACCAUCCGCGAACGCGACGGUUCCGACGGCUGGCUUGACAACAACCAGGGCAUCCAGUACAUCGGCCCUCUCCAGAACACCACGGAUACCUACUACAUCGACCUUUCCGACGAAUCAGGCUGGAGCCAUCUCUACCUCUACCCCGUCAAGGGCGGCAACGCCGUUCCCCUGACCAGCGGCGAUUGGGAGGUCUCCUCAGUCCUUAAGAUCGACACCGAGCGUCACUUGGUGUACUACCUCUCCACCGAGCACCACAGCACCGAACGUCACCUCUACUCUGUAUCCUACCCUUCGGGCACCAAGAAGGCGUUGGUUGACGACACUGUUGCUGGUUACUGGAGCGCUUCUUUCUCGGCUUCCGGAGGCUACUACAUCCUAAGCUACCAGGGCCCCAACGUCCCCUACCAGGAGCUGUACUCCGUGAACUCUACUGAGCCCGUCCGCACCAUCACCAGCAACGAGGCUCUCGUCGCUCGUCUCCAGGACUACAAGCUUCCCAACAUCACCUACUUCGAGCUCGCCCACCCCGACGGCUACAGCUUGAACGUCAUGCAGCGUCUCCCUGCAAACUUCGACCCCUCCAAGAAGUACCCCGCCCUUUUCACUCCUUACGGUGGCCCCGGCGCUCAAGAGGUCACGAAGCGAUACCAGACCAUUAACUGGCGUGCCUUCAUCGCAUCGGAACCCGAGCUCGAGUACAUUACCUACACGGUCGACAACCGCGGCACGGGCUACAAGGGCCGCGAGUUCCGUUCCACCGUCGCCGGCCACCUUGGCCGCCUUGAGCCCCUCGACCAGAUCUGGGCCGCCGAGCAACUGUCGUCCCAGAACUCCUUCGUCGACGCCGAGAAGAUUGGCAUCUUCGGCUGGUCCUACGGCGGGUACCUUUCUGCCAAGGUCGUGGAACAGGACUCGGGCGUCUUCUCGUCCGCGCUCAUCGUCGCUCCCGUCAGCGACUGGCGCUUCUACGACUCGCUGUACACGGAGCGCUACAUGAAGACCCUGACCGACAACGAGGAAGGCUACAAUGAGACCGCCGUUCGAAACGCGGACGGCUUCAAGAACAUUGCCGGCGAGUUUACAAUUCUUCACGGAACCGGCGACGACAACGUGCACUACCAGAACGCCGCCGCGCUCAUCGAUCUGCUGGUCGGUGCUGGCGUGCCGAACAGCAAGAUGAACUGGCUCGCCUUCACGGACAGCGACCACAGCAUCGCGUACAACGGCGCCAACAUCUGGCUGUACAAGUACCUUACCGAGGCGUUGUUCAGGGAGAAGCAGCGUUCGGGCGACCGCUUGGUGCACCAAUGGAGCAAGAAGAGCUUGCCCGAGACCGAGUUCAACUUCGACCGCGAGUAA